GCUGCGUCACUCGAUGUUGGCGAGGGUGCGCGCGUGGGGGGGGGCGGGGGAGACGCUGGGCGCGUUCCCGGGGUCACGUGGUGCGCAGCGCGCAGAGUCCUUCUGUCGGUUGGUCCUGGAGCGGCGCAGCAGGAGCGGGGCGGUGAGGAGAAUAAAAGCAGCCCCGUUGAUGACUGAAAAUGACAAAGCAUCCACCUAACAGAAGAGGAAUCAGCUUUGAAGUGGGAGCCCAGUUGGAAGCCCGGGACCGGUUAAAAAACUGGUAUCCAGCUCACAUAGAAGACAUUGACUACGAAGAAGGAAAAGUUCUCAUCCAUUUCAAGCGUUGGAACCAUCGUUAUGAUGAGUGGUUUUGCUGGGACAGUCCUUAUUUACGCCCUUUAGAGAAAAUACAACUGAGGAAAGAGGGCUUACAUGAAGACGAUGGAUCUUCUGAAUUUCAAAUAAACGAGCAAGUCCUCGCUUGCUGGUCUGAUUGUCGAUUUUACCCGGCCAAAGUCACUGCUGUUAACAAGGAUGGUACUUACACUGUGAAAUUUUAUGAUGGCGUAGUUCAGACUGUCAAACAUAUUCAUGUCAAAGCUUUUUCCAAAGAUCAGAAUAUUGUGGGUAAUGCUAGGCCUAAAGAAACAGAUCACAAAAGUCUUUCAUCAUCUCCUGAGAAACGAGAGAAGUUUAAAGAGCAGAGAAAAGCCACGGUCAACGUGAAGAAAGACAAAGAGGACAAAGCCUUGAAGACAGAAAAGCGGCCCAAACAGCCUGCCAAAGAAGGAAAGUUAAUGUGUUCUGAAAAAGGCAAGGUGUCAGAGAAGAGCCUUCCCAAGAAUGAGAAGGAAGAUAAGGAGAACAUCUCAGAGAAUGACAGGGAAUACCCUGGAGAUGUCCAGGUAGAGAAGAAGCCAGAAAAUGACCUUGUGAAGAGUCCACAAGAGAACCUGAAGCAGCCAAAAAGAAAACGAGGCAGACCCCCUUCCAUAGCUCCUACUGCUGUGGAUUCAAACUCUCAAACUUUACAACCAAUAACAUUGGAAUUGAGAAGACGGAAAAUAUCGAAAGGAGGUGACAUCCCAUUAAAACGUUCUCGACUUGACAAAACUUCAUCCCAGGAACAGUCAAAAAACUGCUCUGAAAACAGUGACAAAGACUUCUCCAGGAGACGGUCCUCCAGGCUGUCCACUAACGGGACCCAUGAGAUCCUAGAUCCUGACUUGGUUGUACCAGAUCUGGUUCAUACAGUUGAUAAGGAUCUUCUGCAAGACACAUCUAGUCCUAAGGACGCUGUUGAGGGUCAGUUGACAUCUCCUUUGAAAGCUGACCAGGUCUCAUCUGUGUUAACUUGCCACUCCCUUGGGGAUGGAUUGGGGACUACAGGCUUGGAAUUAAAUUGCAAGUCCAUGGGAGAAAACACUAUGAAAACAGAAUUGGCAUCUCCCCUUGCUGAAUUACAAGAGGUUUCUACUGUUGAAGGACCAAACACUUUUAGGAAAACAGAUGGCUUUGUGACAUCUAAUUUGCCAGCUUUGGACCUAGACCACAAGUUUAGAUGCAAAGUUGUGGACUGUUUAAAAUUCUUCCGCAAAGCUAAACUGUUGCAUUAUCACAUGAAAUAUUUCCACGGAAUGGAAAAAUCACCAGAGCCAGAGGAGAGCCCAGGAAAGAGGCAUGUCCAAACGAGGGGCACUUCAGUGUCUGACAAGGCCAGCCACGAGAGCCUGACCAGGAAGCGGGUCUCUGCCAGUUCCCCAACUGCAAAAGAGAAGGAAAAGAAUAAAGAGAAGAAAUUCAAAGAGUUUGUGAGAGUAAAGCCAAAGAAGAAAAAGAAAAAGAAAAAGAAAACCAAGCCUGACUGUCCUUGCAGUGACGAGAUUAGUGACACCUCCCAGGAACUUUCUCCCCCCAAAGCAUUUGCUGUCACUAGGUGUGGGUCCUCACACAAGCCUGGGGCCCAUAUGAGCCCGCAGCUCCAUGGCUCAGAUUCUGGAAACCACAAAGGGAAAUUGAAAGCUUCUGAGGAGGAUAAUUUGAGUGAGUCCUCUUCUGAGAGCUUUCUUUGGAGUGAUGAAGAGUGUGGCCAAGAUGUUGAUGUGACCACCAACCCAGAUGAGGAACUCGAUGGUGAUGACCGCUAUGAUUUUGAGGUGGUCCGUUGCAUCUGUGAAGUCCAGGAGGAAAACGACUUCAUGAUUCAGUGUGAAGAAUGCCAGUGUUGGCAGCAUGGGGUCUGCAUGGGAUUACUGGAGGAAAACGUGCCGGAGAAGUAUACCUGCUAUGUUUGCCAGGAUCCUCCAGGGCAGAGACCUGCCUUCAAGUACUGGUAUGACAAGGAGUGGUUGAGCAGGGGACAUAUGCACGGACUGGCAUUUCUAGAAGAUAACUACUCCCAUCAGAAUGCCAAGAAGAUUGUGGCCACCCAUCAGCUUCUUGGCGAUGUACAGAGAGUGAUUGAGGUUCUGCAUGGCUUGCAGCUCAAGAUGAGCAUCUUGCAAAGCAGAGAGCAUCCUGAUCUGCAGCUGUGGUGCCAGCCCUGGAAACAGCACUCAGGGGAGGGGAGAGCUCAUUCCAGACAUAUCCACAUCAUGGACACCAAAAGCAAGGAGGAGUCCCCAAGCUAUAGAACUUUGAACGGGGCAGUGGAGAAGCCCCUUCCCCUGCCCCGGUCUGUGGAGGAGUCCUACAUCACCAGCGAGCACUGCUACCAGAAGCCUCGUACCUACUACCCUGCUGUGGAGCAGAAACUGGUGGUAGAGACUCGAGGCUCUGCACUUGAUGAUGCAGUUAACCCCCUCUGUGAGAAUGGUGACGAUCCCCUCUCCUCACGCCUAGGCUGGCCUCUAGACCAAGACAGGGGCAGAGAGGAUGGUGACCCCAAACCCAGCUCCCCAAAGGUGAGGGACUACGUCUCCAAAAAGGUCCUGCCAGAGGAAGCCCCUGCUCGGAAGUUGCUGGACAGAGGUGGAGAGGGGCUGCUGAGCUCCCAGCACCAGUGGCAGUUUAACCUGCUGACCCACGUGGAGUCUCUUCAGGAUGAAGUAACACAUCGUAUGGACUCCAUUGAGAAGGAGCUGGAUGUGCUGGAGAGCUGGCUGGAUUACACUGGGGAACUGGAGCCUCCUGAGCCGCUGGCUAGGCUUCCACAGCUCAAGCAUUGCAUCAAGCAGCUGCUGACGGACCUGAGCAAGGUGCAGCAGAUUGCCCUCUGCUGCUCCACAUGAAAUUGGGCUCCCAAGACUAAUUGGGGCAUAAUCCCAGGACAUCUGCAGGAGGAGCUUCGCAUAUUUAAAUAAAUAAAUCUAGCAUGCUGAAUGCACGUGACACCAACUGACUUCAGGGAUUUGGCCAUGAGGGUGAUGGACAUUGGACAAAGAGGCCAUUUUGGCUGCUGGAGGACAGGGCACUCUGAUCUGGAAGCCUACCAAGAAGGUAGCAAAUAGUGUCUUGGAAUUUCCUUCUGUACACAUCGUUGAACGAAGGCGAGUCUUUGCACAAUCUUCACUUGAAAUCGUGCCACACUGAUGAGAGGAAUGAGGGCCCCCCGGAAAAACAAAAACUUAGUUGGAAACAGUUGUAAAUUCAAUUUGCAUUUCAUUUAAUUGACUUUUGGGUGAGGUUGGGGCACAUACUGACCCUCCUGGUUUCUCUGCCUGGCAUGGUGAAUAGGCAAUGGCACCAUUUCCAUUUCCAGCUUCACUGGAGCAUUGGAACUUCACUGUGCCAUGCAGCUUGGGAGGGAGCAGAAGCCCUGAUGCUCUGCUUCCCCAGACUUUGUUUUCUCACAUCUCUUGCAUGAUUUCAUGGUACCAGGGACACAUUUUUAUGCUUUCUAUCCCAGAGGUGGCUGAGCUGUGGCUUUCCUCACAGAGCCCACAUAGCUGGUGGAGGAGCUAGAAUCUCAGUGUGAUAAGAAUCUAGAAGGAAUUUCAAAUGGAAGCAGGCAGGGUCUGGAACCCAAAGGACAGCAUUUUUUUUACCCACUUCUUGAUAUUGACAGCUUCCCAGUUCUAUUUAAAAGUCCAAAAAACAUUUCCCCAAAUUUCAAACUAUUACUGUAAAGAUUUAUGAAGAAUGUGGUUUGGGGAAUGACCUUAUUUUAUACAUUGUCAGCAAACUCAAGAUUCUGUAUGUGCCGCUUUUCUCUUUCCCUGAAGGUUAGCUUGGUAGUUGGCAGUUGUAGAAUUGCUGAUACACUUUAACACUUUGUUUCCUGUUUGUAUUACUUUGUGAAAUCAAGAUGAUUAUGCUGCUUAAGGUCCAGGUACAACCUAUUUGCACCUUUGGAGACAAUGUUUGUGUUUGGUAGGUUAUGGUUCCAUGUGUAAUUGCUAUAUUUUGUUUUGUUUUAUCUUACCUGGCAGAGUUAAAGAAAAUGUUCCAUGCUUUGAGGACUUUGUUUCACUAAUUUUCUUCUUACUAAACGCAAAAAUCAAAAGCCCAGUUGUCCAGUAAUGCAAGUUAGAGGUUUAUGAAUCUGUAAUGUUCUAUGCUGCAAACCUUUACUAUGUAAAUGUGAAGUAGCCAGUGUCUCAGUAGCAAGGACAGUGAUCUCCAGUGACCUUUGGAAUGGUAAGUUUUCAGGCACAGGUUAUCAGUCAUGAAUUCAGACCUCUGUAGAGACUUUUCAGGGAACAAAUGCUGUCCAGUAAUCUGACGUAAAAUAAACCACAGGACAAGUAGAAGUUGACCUGGUAGAGCUUAUAUACCAUAGAGGUGUGCAGCUGUAACAUGUAAUGAAGCCAACACAGCGCCUCCAAAAGGCUGCUUCCUGCUGCUGACACUGGCGUUUCUGGUCUGGGAAGAAACGCUCCAGGACUCUGCAUGACAUCUGUGUUCUGGAUAACUGUCAUUAGCUGCAUUUUAAGAAUUGUGUUUGUGUCUGAAAAGGGAAGAAACAAGAUGAUUUUUUUCUAGCCACGACUAUGUGAGGUAUAAUUGUUUUAGAUUACUAAUCUUGGGCCAGUGAGAUGGUUCAAUGGGUAAAGGUGCUUGCCACAAGCCUGAUGACCGGAGUUCAAUCCCUGGGACCCACAUGGAAAGGAGAGCACCAACUCCUUCAGGUUCUCCUCUGACCUCCACAUGCAGUAUUGCUGGCAUGUGCACACACACAAAUGGAGUAAUUUUUAUUACUGGUUUUCCAUCUAUAAAACUACAUUUUCGUAUCAUGUCUGGGGCAACUGUGCCUCUCUGAAGGUCGUUGGUUUUGUGUCUUGUUCAAAGAUGGAAGUGGAAACUGAGUGAUGCUAAUUUUGCCAAGUGGUUAUUACUGGGUUUAUUUAGGUUUUGUGAAGGAAAUAGUCUGGUUUUGUUGUGACUUUUGUUCUUAGGGAAGCAAAGAAAACUCCCCAUGUUCUGAUAACCUCUGUUUUUUUCCUAAUUUAAAGCCAUGUUUGGGGGGCUCCAUUCCCAAUUCCUGGGUCAAAGUGAGUUAAUCCCUAUGUUGGAGCACUGGAAUCUGUUAUUUGCAAACAAUGCUGAUAUCAUUUAGAAAUACGUGCACUACCUAAGUUUUGUCUGUUAAGAAAAACUGUCCAUCUAUAAAACCUUGCCUCGAUCAUUUUGCGUGAUAAAUGUAUGCAAAGUGGAUUCUUGAUGAGCCAGCAUUGUACUGUGGAUACAUAUCUGUUUACGCACUAUUAGAACAGAAGGCAUUGUAUAUAGAGAAAUGUUGCUCUGAGGUAACAUUUGCAAAACAUGCCAACUUCUGUAUCUGUUAUUUGGAAAAAUAAAAACAGGUUCUUGUUGCUA